CUUUCCUCAACACUUUUUACACUUAUUACUCCAUGCUUCAUUAUUUAAGUAUUUCUGAUUUGUCUUUCCACUAUGCUUCCCGCAGCUACAGUUUUUCAUUUCCCCUGGGAAAUAUACAAUGGAGCAGUGCAGGAAGGAGAGUCAGUGAGAGUAUUUGGCAGACUUGUCUGCUAUCAGCCUGAGGAGUCCAGAGCUACACUGUCAGCUCAGCAUGCUUCAAAAGAGCAUCACGUGUUCGUCCACACCUUGUUUGUGGAGCCUUUCAACCCAAUUAUUGGGGCCCAGUACCUAGUUCUGGGUGAGAUUGAAAAGGCUGAGGGGGUUGGUGUGAUGGUCCGCGCCCGUGUGCUCAACUGCGUUGAUGGUGUGAACGUUGCCCUUCUGCAGAAAGCCAUCAAUGAGCAGAGGAGCUUCUUCAGGGAGAGGGAUGAUGCUGCACAACCUGAACAUGCAACAUGAUCAGGGUCUCCGUUCAUCCGGUUUCGCAGGGUGCUCGUUGAGUAUCAGGACUACGGCUCUGCCUCUGAAGCGAUUUGCCAAGUGAACUUUAAGACCGUUUUGUUAACUGUACAAUACUAUGUUGUUUUCCUCUGACGUUAACAUUUUAUCAGUCCCAGGGUUUCUAAUUUGAUUAUUAAAGCCCCAAAUUAAUGGAUUGACAUCAGGGUUAAAUGUUUAGUCAAUGAAGAAUUAAUAGCCGAUGUUUUGGGUCCAUGACUUCUGUCAUGCGUUAAGGUAAUCUGACCAUUUUAUAUGGUGGGAAUAACCUGUUAUAACAUUCCCGUUGUAAUUUUGUGGUCUGAUGUCUUUCAAAAAAGCAUUGAAAAUGUUGCACUGGAUAUGUCAUGUAUGGGUCGUGUACUAUUGAUAAUACCUAACUAUGGAUAUAUUGCACUCAUUUUAAAAUGGCAAACUUAUAUACAGAAGUAUAAAUACUAAGCACUCCUAUUGAGCACUUUUUUACUGAGUAAAUAUAUCUAUUAGGUUAUUUAUUAGAUACAUUUUAAGUAGGCUUAGUCUGGCCUUAAUCAGGACUUGUACCGAAGCUCAGCUGGCAGAAUUAUUAUUGAAAUAGUUUAAUGAAUCCACUUUAUAACCACAUUCAUAUUCAAAGCAUUGGCCUGUAUCUGAAACACCACCAUGUUUUCAAGGGGUUAAGACAAAAAAAAUAAAGUGCACUAGUGCAUGUUUAAAGCUGUAAAAAAUGUUUGAAUUUAAUAUGAACAGUAUGUACUGCAUGGUCUGAUAAGUGAACUGUACAGGUCCUGGGCUGUACACUAGAGCAACGAUUCCUAACCUUUUGAUUUCUGAACCCUCGUCACAUUAUGGCCUACAGUUUACAUUGUUUUGUGUAAUAAUUGACUAGUCCAUCAACAAGGAACAAUUCUGAUAGUUGAUUAAUUAUUGCUGCUGUUUUUCUUGCAGAAAUGUCAUAUUUUGUGGUUCCAGCUUCUUUUUACUGCUUUUCCUUCUUUUCCAUGAUCGCAUAGUUUUGGACUGAUGGUCAGACAAAACAAGCAAUGUGGUUGAAGAUCAUGACCGUGAUUUCCCCCUCUUUUUCAUGUGAAGGAGGUUAAGUGGCCAAAAGAGGUGAACGUAUCCAGUAUCUCAAAGGAAAUAAAGCAAA